AUGAUGCCUAAAUGUACCAGCGCCAGUACUCAAAAAGUGUAUAGAAAGCUAAGUUAUUCCCUCUAGCGACUUCCAUUCCACUUUUUUUUCAGUAACUUUCAUUUCUCUUUGCACAUUCUUCAACAUCAAGUGAAAUAUUCGCAAUGGUUGCCAUCGAAGAUAUCAGAGUCUCCAAUGCAAAGUUCAAAGAGUCAAAGCAAGCGGAGGGACGGACUAGUUGCUGUCUUCAUUGGGGCUACGUCGGGCAUUGGUCUAGGAACCUUGAAGCAAUUUGCAAAACAGAGCAGCUCUCCCCAAAUUUACAUCGCCGGAUGUUCGGAAAGCGCUGCUGCAUCGAUACUAAAGGAGCUCGAAUCGCUGAAUCCAAAAGGAACCUAUGUCUUUCAAGAAACUGAAAUAACUCUCUUGAAAAACGUCGACAAAGUGUGUGAGGAAAUCAAGUCGAAGGAAGAAAAGGUAGAUCUCUUAUUCAUGAGCCCAGCGUACAUUACUUUAGGAGAAAGGAAUGGUGUGUACCUCUCGAUUCUCCAAGUUCUUCGGAUAUAUACUGACACACCCCAGAUACAAUCGAAGGAAUCGAUAUAUCGUACGCUCUCACUUACUAUACCCGCCUUCGUUUCACAUACAAUCUUCUUCCCCUCCUCAACGCAUCUUCAGCCCCACGCGUCAUCUCCAUCCUAGGCGGCGGUUUAGAAUCUGAAAUCGACCUCCAAGAUCUAGAAAUUAGAAACAACUUCAAAGCCCAAAAAGCGAUGAAGUACAGUACCACGCAAACCACACUCGCAUUCGAAGAACUGGCAAAUUCCAACCCUUCCAUCACAUUCAUUCAUAAAUACCCUGGAUUCGUGAAUACUGGUGCAAUUGGAAGAUUUCUGGGAUCGCAGAAAGGAUUGUUCGCCAAACCUGCCACCUUUUUCAAGUGGUUCCUUCUCCCGAUUGUGAAUUUGAUGGCUGUGAGUGUAGAUGAGGCCGGUGAGAGGGGCUUGUUUCUAGCAACAAGUGCUAGAUAUCCUCCUAGAAACCCUACUUCGGGUGGAGUGGAGGCUACUGUGCUACCCAAGGGUGCGGAAGUUGCGGAGGAUAUCGAAGGAAGUGGUGUUUAUAUCCUAGGACCUUCGGAUGACAGUAAGAGAUUCACGCCUGCGUUGGCAGCUUUGAGAUUGCAGGGAGCCAGUAAGAUUGUGUGGGAAUGUACGUUAUCAGUUUUCGAUAGAGCUGUUGGAGCUUCUGGGUAGGUAAUGUCAGAGUUGGUUCUCGAAGCAAAGUUGGUAUCACUGUUAUUACCAAAUCUCCAUGAUGGUAUUCUCCUCUGCUGCA